AUGCAAUCUCUGCUUGUCCUCUCGUGCCUUUACGUGUUCGUUUCGGCUUACAACGUGCCCUACUUGACAGGAAAGGCUGAGACGAGUCACAGUGGCCCAUCCAGUGCCGAUGAGCUUCUAGACGAAUCUGAUCAUCACCUCAGAGAAAAAAGAGGAUUCUACUUUCCCAGCCACCAAUACUCGAACAACCUGUUGAUUUCCUCUCAAUCACCCAAUGAGUAUUUGAAGAAAUGGAUUGUGUACGAGCACAACAAGUACCGAAGAAUAGUGCCAGCUAGUGAUAUGCAUAUGCUCUAUUGGUCUGAUGAGCUUGCAGCAUCUGCCCAAAGGCAUGCCGACACUUGCGAUUUCCGUCAUUCUCGUGGACGUAUGAAUGUCGGAGAAAAUAUCUGGGCAGCUCCAUAUUCCAACUAUUCAGAUUCUAUUUCGAUCUGGUUUAAUGAGGUUCACAAUCCCCGCUGUGGAUGCAACCAUGCUUACAAACAUUGCUGUGGCCACUACGUUCAAGUUGUGUGGGCCAAAACAAACUUGGUUGGAUGUGGAUUCAGUAGAUGUCGCGAUGUUCAAGGAAUAAUGGGAAGAGGACAUCGUAAUGUCUUCGUGUGCCAUUACAAUCCUCAGGGAAAUACGGUAUUCGUGACGGGAUCUGGACAGCUUUAUGCGGUACCAGCCUUCACUUGGGCUACCGGAAAUAAGGCUCGAUGCUCGGACUGCCCAUCAUCAGCUCCAGCUUGUCAUCAAGGCCUUUGCUAUAUGCCUACAAACUAUAACCCUGAAAAUGCGGCAUCUCAAACUACAACAACAGUGCCCGUAUCAGACUUCUCAUCAACCGAAAACGAUGAGAAUGCUCUUAUAUAA